GAGGCGGGGGGGUAAGGGGGGCGCAUGCGCAGUGCGCGCCGCCGCCGCCAUGAACCCGCUGACCAAAGUGAAGCUGAUCAACGAGCUGAACGCGCGGGAGGCGGAGCUGGGCGUGAGCGAGGCGGUGUCGUGGCACGCCGAGUACAAGGACAGCGCGUGGGUCUUCAUCGGCGGGCUGCCCUACCAGCUGACAGAGGGGGACGUCAUCUGUGUGUUCUCGCAGUACGGGGAGGUGGUGAACAUUAAUCUGGUGCGGGAUAAGAAGACUGGGAAGUCCAAAGGGUUUUGCUUUUUGUGCUAUGAGGAUCAGAGGAGCACCGUGCUUGCUGUUGAUAACUUCAAUGGGAUCAAGAUCAAAGGCAGGACGAUCCGAGUGGACCACGUGGCCAACUACCGGACUCCCAAGGACUCCGAUGAUUUAGAUGAUGUCACAAAAGCCCUCCAUGCAAAGGGCUGCGGAGUGAAAACACCACCUCAUACGUCGUCAGAUUCCUCCUUGGAGGAUGAAGACACGCCAGCCCAAAAGCAAAAAGAUAAAGAGAAGAAUAAACAUGAACGGCAAAAGCAGAGCUCUCAGGCUGCAAAGAGAGCAGCACCUGCCGAAGAGGCACAUCCGAGAAUCAAGAUUAAAAAGGAGAAGGAAGAUCCUGGCUACGAGCGAUAUGCUGCUGGUGGGGGUCAGCAGUCCUGCAGUGAGUCUGAGAGGAAACACGUGAGCAGGACGCAGCGAGAUGAGGAAGAGCAGAGACACCAAAGGUCGUCGGGGAGGAGAGGGGAAAAGAGCUCCCAGGAACACAGAGGGCAGAACAGCUCACGGGAAGAGAGAGGAGAGGUCAGCAGGAAGGGUGAGGGACACAGCAGCUGGCGAGAAGAGUGUUCUGAGGGAAGCAGAUCCAGGCACCGGCGGGAGAGCAGCAGCAGAGAGCCCCAUUCCAAGCACAGGGAGCGUGGAUCCACCAGAGAUUCCAGCCGUCACUGAGCCCUGGAGUGAGCACCUUCUGGGCCACAGCUGUGCUCUGUGAGCUGCACCGGGAGCCUGUCUGAAGCCUCCUGCUAUGGCCCUAAGGGUACCACAGCUGUGUCUCGUCUCACACACACCACUCUGACCGGUUCACUCCUCAGACAGGUUGCUCUCAGUGCUGUGGGCUGUGAUGUGGGCUCUGCUGCUGCCUUGCUCGGCCCUUCUGUGCAGUGGCAUCACUCAGACGGUUGUGGAGGGGCUCACGGCACAGUGUGGGCAGUGGGGUGCUGAGCAGCAGGAUACGGACACCGAAACUGCCCACGUUGUUCAGGGGGAGCGUCCCUGUCUGCAGUGGGGCGGUGGGUGCUUGCAGGCGGGCACGGUGCUUUGUGCCCCCAGCCCGUCCUGCUUCCUUUGUUUAUGUGAUGGAUAUCAGAGGCUGCUGAGCCAUCGCAGUUCAUGGCGUUUUUUGUUUUAAACUCCUUUUAAUAAAAAUCGAUCCUUUAACCAGAGGAGAUGACUGGGA